AUGAUUCGCGGAAUAAAUUCGCCGGGUGGCCCGGGAAUAAGGCCACAAUUUUCGAGUGGUGGCGGAGGACCACCUGCCACAAAUAAUAAUGUGAUGAUAAAUCACAAUAGUAAUCAUAAUCAACAAUUUUAUGAUGAUGAACCGUAUCAGGCUAAUGUCACACAGCUUCACAAAAAUAAUGUGAGUCGCAGCAACAACAAAGUUCUUGAAAUUGUUAUUUUUCAAUCCCGCGGCUCCCAUUAAUGUUGAUAAAUUGUUAACAACUGUUAGAGAAAAUUCUUGCUAAUUUUCCUUUUUUUUUCUUUCGCAGAAAAAACGGGGGGAUAGGUUUCUGAAACUGAUUGUGAGAAAAAUUUUCCAAAUAAAUAUUUUUUUUCUUCCAGAUCUUCCAAAUGGAACGUCGCGAGACGGGAAAUCUCAUCCCAAUUUCUCAACGUCCAGCGCUGUCAAACAACACUCAAGCUUUCGGAUCGGCUCCAACUCAAAGUUUCUUUGGUGGUGGUGGCGGUCUGACGAGCCCACGGAAUAGACCACAGAUGAUUUUUGGAAGUGUCGGUGUGGGAAUUCCACAGGUUAGUUUUUUUUUUAAUUUGGAUUUUGGCUCUGUUUGAAAUAGAGGGUUUUGGAGACCUCUGAAUUCCUUUUCUUUUAAAGAACUUCAGAGGGUUUCCAAGAAACCAGAUUUUUUUCUGAAAAGCCAAAAUUUCACAGUAUUUUCAAAAGAUCAGACAUGAAACGUAAUUUUUCCCGGUCGGUAAAUAUUUUUGUGUUUAUCUCUUUCUAACAAACUAUAAAAUAUGUUGUUUUCGACCAUCACGUGGUCUCCUCUCUUUAUCUCUACACUCUCUUGUUGUCCUGCGCUCUCUCACAAUCUGUUUUUUUGUGUCUUUGUUUUGCGAUUUCGAAAUACUUCUGAAGUAAGGGAUCCAUGGUUUUGUCUCAUCGCGUCGAUCGAAUCGAAAUGCGGUUUUUUUGGGGGUUGAUGUGUUGAUAAUAUCAAUAAUAAUAUCGAGAUAGAUAAGAUACUGAAAAAAAGACGAGAAAAAUCGAGCGUUUUUUCGAUUAUUUUAUGAUGUUGAUAAAUAAUUGACAAAAAAUUGGAGGGGUUUUUUUUAAUUCGCAAAAAAAUUAUGAGACUAAUCUAUAAAAGCUGACAAUUGAUUUUUCGUAAAUUAAAAUUAUAGAUCUGCUCAAAUUCCACGUGAUAACGUGCCACGUGGCGGAGAUUCAGUAAGCCUUAGAGGUCCUCAUAAAAUCCACGUCAUGGCAGGUGAAUCCUGAAAUUCUGUGAAACCUAGAACCAGUCUCGAACAUCUCGUAGAUAAAAAAAAGCAGUGCCAGACUACAAUCUAUCUUGGCAAACAUCCAAGUAUUAUAUUUCAUUCCCACGUGGUUUUUUCUCGCACCACAGUUCUAUUCAUCUAUCAUCUGAUCAUCGUGAAAAUUCGAUCGAUGACAAAAAAAUCGCAUCAUUUUUUGUCGUUCGCCCGGAGGUGCCUCUCUCUCCAUCUCUCUCAUUUUUUGUUUACCUGGUCGACAAAAAAAUUGGCUGCCGGCCAAAUGUGUUUUUGGCCGCCUGCCAGUCGGCUAGACGAGAGAAGUUCGGGGGUCUUAAAACACGACGCAGGCGCCCAGAAAAAAAUUAUUUAUUGAUGAACUGAUGACUGACUUUUUCCGCCUCUCUCGAUAUAUUUGUCAUUUAGUGGAAGAGAGACACUCACACAAAAAUCAGGGGCUGCUUAGGGGUUUGAUGAUUUGAUGCGGGGCCAAAUGUUACGUUGUUACGUUGCUAGGUGACAAAUAUAAACAUGUUAACAUGAUAAUAAUGAAAAAAAAGUCUAGAAAUUGGAGUUUGAAAAAAUUGAGGGGCUGAAAAAAUAUGGAAUCUCGAACUUUUGGCAGCAAAUUUGGAAUUUGAAUUUUUCAAUAUUAAAAAAAUUGGAAUCUUUAAACUACAGUAAUCCUAAAUUUUUAUCAGCAAAUUUGAAAAUUAGAUUUUUUCAUCUACAAAAAAAUCGGAACCCCAUAUUCUACAGUACUUCAAAAUUUCGGCACUAAAAAUUUGAUUUUGAAUAUUUUUUGAUCUUCAGAAAAUUGUUGAUCUAAAAAUUCCAAAUCUCAAGCUUCACACAGUAAUCCUACUAUUUUUGAUCUACAAAAAUCAUUCCUGCAAGUUUUGGUUGAAGUUUCCUUGAUAACAAACUCUGGAAGUUUAAUCCUGGAUUAACGGGAAUCAAACAUUAAUCUGAUUUCCGGAAUAUCCAAACAUUUUAGUGAAGAGGAAAACAACUCGACGUGGUUUUCGAAAUAUCAAACUGAAAAUCCAGGUGAAAAAUAUAUGAUGUGGAUGUUCCAACUUCUGAACUCGAUGUUUACGAUGUUUUUCGAAAGAAAAAACGAUAAUAAAUCUGGCGAUCCACUCAAACGUGUUAUUUUUGUUGUUUAUUCCAACCAGUCGUACCAAAACAAAUAAACAAAAUGUUUUUCUGGGCUCGAAAAAAUCGUGCAAGCAGCAUUUUCUUAAAAAUAUAUAUGUAUGUAUGUGUGUGGAAUCAGACUUUUUCGGGUAUCGGAAAGAAAAAGUCCCGCUGACCUUUUCAUGCACUUUUCGAUCAUUGUCUCUCUCUGUUUUCUCUCCGUAUGUGUGCCUGGCUAUUUUUCACUUCAUCAUGGUUCUGGUCUGCCUCUUUUUUCUUUCUAUUGGUUUUUUUUCGAAUAAGAAAAAUUGGAUGGAAUUUUUAUGCAUUCAAAAAUAUAUAUCGAUUAGCAGCUUCUUGAUUCAAAUUGAAAAAAAAAUUUGAAAAAUUUUUUGACAAACAAAAAUUUUUUUUAACUUGAAUCCCUAAUAAAUAGUUGACCCCCCUUGAAAAUUCCGGAAACUGUAGAUCAAAAAAAUCCGCCCGCCAAACAUAUUUCACCCAUCGCCAAAAUGUCUCAAUUUCUAAUCCCAUUAAUAAAUCAUCCGUUUUUGCCCCCAGUUUAUUCAUUGUGUGAACAAUAACAACGGGCUGGGUAAUUUCCAUAUGUAUUCAUCUCUUCGUCUCCUUCUCUCUCUCUAAAUUUUCACCAUAAUGAAGAACAAAGAGGAGAGGGUGCUAGAGAGAGAAAGUAAUUGGUGUGUCUCCUAGCCAGGCAAGCAGGCAGACCUUCGCCAGACAACAUAUAACAACUUACACCCAGUUAUUAUGUUGUUGCUUUUUGUUGCCUUGUUAUUGUUUCGGAUUUUUUGUUUGGUGUGUGGCGCGUCCGAUUUUUGAUUAUUUGGACUUUUAUUCGAAACUGGUUUUCAAGUACAUAUUUCCUUGAUCAGAUAUGUAGAGAAUUUUGAACUUUCGCUGGCGUUAGAAAUUUUCUGAUAUUCCCGAAUUCUAAUUCCUGACUGAAAAUUUCCAGAUAAUUUCUAAAUCAGUUAGCUGAAUUCAUCAGAUCUGAAAACUAGGUUUUCUUCUUGAUCUUCGGAUGCUUCAAAAUUUUAGAAUUUGGUUCUCUAAAGCUUCAGAACUUCUGAACAUCAGAUCUUGAGAAUCAGACCUCCAGAUUUAGCUUUUCAGAUUCCUUGAAUCUUCAGAAAAUCAGAUCUGUGGAUAUUUCAGAACUUGACUUUUUCAGAUCUUGACAAUAAGAUCUCUAGAUUCUCCAAACUUUUCUGGAUCACAAAACCUUCCCACAUCAAUCAUACGUAUUUUCUGUAAUAACCGUGUCCAAAUAGUUUUUUCUUCUUCUUUUUUCUAUAAGUUUCCUAACACGAUUGUAAUAUUAAAAAUAAAAAUCGAUAGUUUUGGUUGUUAUAUGGUAUAUUUCUUCUUCUUUCUUUCCUUUUCCUUCCAAUUUCUUCUUCUUCUUCUUCUUCCAAAAUAUACACUUUAUGAUGCCAUCCAUCCAUCCUUCUAUUACAAUUUUCGCGGGGCGAAAUUUUUGGCGCGGUCUGUGAAGGAACCUGUUUUGCUUGCUUCCUUCAUUCGAUUCCCAUCUUCCAAUUCCCAAUUCUUUUUGUUCGAUUUUUGAAAAUUCUAUACAAAAAAGUUUGAUCAAAAAUUUUUUCCAAUAUUUACGCGACAUAGUUGAAAUGUUAUAUAAACAUAUUGAUUGUCUCACAUUUGUUCUGGUUUUAUUUUUAUUUGAUUCGAUUUCAUUUUUUCUUCCCCCUAGUUUGUUUUGUGUAUACAGCUGUCAUAAAUAUUCAUUUUUUGGCGGAGUUAAUUAGCCGAACUCUUAUUCACCUCAAAUUAAUUGAAAGAUUUUGAUCUUCUGAAUCUCUUCCCUUUGUCACUACCACUUUUACUUUUCUCUUUUUUCAUUCACGAAAAAAUAAACAAACAAAGACCAUCGAUUUGUGUCCCUUUAAAAAAAGAAGAAGAAGAAGAAGAUGGACGAGUAAUUCAAUAUAAAUAAAUAGGGGGCGAAUAUAUAUGUAUGUUUUCCCGCCUUUUGCUCGAGCCAAAACAUACAGAAACUCUGGGUGCGUUGCUUGUUCUAUUCCAAAAGAAAAACCAGAAUUUUUGCUGUGUGAAAUCGAUUCGGCCUUUUUUAUCAUAUAAAAAUUGUUCACAGGCUUUUGAGGAUUUCACGGGCUUCAAAGUUUUCAAAACUUUCAGGGCCUUUAAUGCUUUUAGGGCUUUCAAGGCUUUAGAAGCUUGGUAGGCUUUCAAAGCUUUCAAAGCCUUUUUUGAAGGCUUCUAAAGUUUUAAGAAUUUUUCAAGGAAAAAAAGUUCGAGGCUUCAAAGGAUUUUAAGGCUCUUAAAGCUUUUAAUCAAGGUUUCUAAGACUUUUAGGACCUGAAAGGCUUGAAAAGCUUUCAAGGAAAAUUAGUUGCUUUUUAAUUAGAGAAUUUAAAAGAAACUUGUAUUUUUCUUCAACCCCCCCCCCCCUGUAUUUUCUCAGAAGCCCCGUGUUUUCUUCAAAAAUAUUUCGAAAACAAUUUUUAUCAGAAAUCAAUUCGAACUCACAAUAUAAUAAUUACUGUCAAUGUUUUUCUCCAUACCCAGCUAUUUUCCCUCUCUUAUCUAAUCGACUUUUUUAAUUUCCCGCCACUUAAAAAUGUUAUGCUGUCCAAGCACAAAAAAAAACUCCUCCAUUCACUUUCAGACAAUUUUCGCCCCGCGUUUGACAUGUCUCUUUUUUCGCUUUCGCUCUCUCGUUUUUCCCCGAAACUCUCCAAGUUUUCCCCACUAUUUCGUCGCUGAUUUUUGUUUGUGUUUUGUUGUGGCAAAAAAAGAGAAAUAUUGAUUCGGGAAGAUGGAAAAAGAGAGAGGAAUUCUCUAGUUUUGUUAUUAUUCUUUCUUUUUUUAGUUUUCAACAAUGUUUCCUUCUUCUUCUUCACAUUUUCUUUUUAUUCAAACGCUCUUUAGUAAAAUCCUUACUCUUCAGCACAUUCAUUCAUAUAUAUCUAAUCCAAAUCUAAAUGCUCAACAAUGACAUCAACCACUGAUCAAAUCACCACAUCACAGCGCCCAAUGAGUUCAAUGGGUGCUGCUCGGCGAGCUCAUUUCCCGCAAGUCGCUAACAUCCAACAUCAGCGACGGCGUUUGGUGUCGGCGCCAAGUGUGGGUCCACUAGUGAAUUAUGCGGUGGUAACGACGGGUAGUCACCAGAAAACACCAUCGCCACCGGCGGGAACUGGAAAAAUUGUGACACGUGGCGCGAUUAUCAGUGGACCCUAUAGGACUGUGACUGUUAGGAAAAUUGUGGAAAAGGUAGCACUGCCGUAGCAGACGUGGAUUUCUGUGGGGAAAAAUACGUUUCACUGAUCUGAUCUGAUCUUUUAAAAAAAUCCCGACCUUCUCAAAAAAUUUCAUUUUUUUCCAGCAACGAAAUUCACCACCAAGUGAUGGAAGUGAUAAAAUCCGUCGAUUUGGCGAAAGUCCAACCAGUGGAUCUUAUAGUAACGAACUCGACGAUCUUCUAAUUGAUGAUAUUAUUGGAGCUUACGAUGAUGAUAGACGUGUCAGCCGUCCGAUGUCUGUUGGUUUGUCAAACGAUCCGAAACAUCAGCAACAACAGCAACACAUGUCGAUGGCUCGUCCGAUUCCAGGAUCUAGCCGCGCUUCAGGACACUCUGGCAGUCCAAUCGGAAUCCCAAAUGCAUUAGGCAACAAUUUCAGACAGGUAGUUUCAAGUUCGGCCCCAACAUCCUCAAUCGAUAUCGAAAAAAUGAUGAGCGCUGGAAGUGGCGGCGACAAUGGUGGUGAAGAUUUUUAUCGUGAUCGUAGGAAGAAGGAUAUUCACAAUAUGAGUGAGUUGUUUUACUCCGAAAUUUUUUUUUUUGGAAAAUCAAAACUAUUUUACAGUUGAAAGACGCAGAAGAUACAACAUCAACGAUCGGAUCAAGGAGUUAGGACAAAUGUUGCCAAAGGCUUCAGCUGAGUGAGUUUUUUUUCUUUUUUUCUUGGCUCCAAUUUUGACAAGAGAGGUCCAAUAUGUGUCCAGUAAAUUUCUAGUUUUUUCCGAUAAACUUUUCGAAUAAAAAUUGGGCACAUUUUGAACCUCUCCUGUGAACGUGGAAAACUUAUCCACGUGUUUCCACAACUUACAGGAUGAAUGAAACUGGUUCAUCUUCCAGAGACAUGAAAUUGAACAAAGGAACAAUUCUCAAAGCAUCGUGUGACUACAUUCGAGUUCUACAAAAAGAUCGAGAAAUCAUGAUGAAACAACAACAAGCCGUCAAAUCUUUUGAAAGUACCGCCAAACAAUACGCCGAUCGAAUUCGUGAACUUGAAGAAUCGAUGAAGAUGCACGGUGUGCAGAUUCCUCCAUCACAACUUCCACCGAUGCCACGAUUUAUCGAUCGACCUAUUAAACAGGAAAUUGAGGAUAGCUCACCGACUAAUCAAACACCAACUGGAUCUUUUGUUGUGAGUUGUUUUUUCUUUGAAAAAUUUCAUUUUGAAACGGGAAAUCCACGUGGCACUAUUGAGCUAUAAUUUUGAUUUUUAAGCUAAAAUUUCACGUGGCAAAUUGAUGUUAAAAUUUAAUUCUGAAGCUAAAAAUCCACGUGGCAAUUUUUUGAGCUACAAAUUCAAUUUUCAAGCUAACAAUAAGAAUCCAAGUGGCACUUCUGAGCUCUAAUUCCAGAUUUGAAUUCAAAAUCCACGUGGCACUUUUAAGCUCUAUUUUCAAUUUUGAACCCAAAAUCCCACUUGGAUCUUUUGAAAUAUGAUUCGGAUUUUCAAGAGAAGAAGCCACGUGGAAAUUUUUCUCAAAAAAAUUUUUUUUCGAAGCUCUAAAAGUUAAUUGACACUUUCAUGCUAAAAUUAUAAUUUUAAACGGAAAAUUCACGUUACAAUUUUGCUCAACAAUUAUUUUCCAGUCCUCAUCUGGAUUCCUAUCCGAAGUAACAAACAACACGGCCGCCAUGCAAAUAACUUCUCCACAAGAAAAUCGAUCGUCCAACAAUUUUAUGAACACAUCAACGAAUUCCGAUUUUUUCUCGGUUGGAUCGGCUAGUCCACCGGAUUACAGUGAGUAUAGGGGUUUUGAGGGGGGACAGAGAAUUUUUGUGCACAAAAAAAAGGAAGAUUUUCAAUCAACAAAUAUUCCAGGAUCAAAUUGGAAAAUGCCUUCACAUCACAAUUUCCCGGAUCUUAUGAUGGAUGACUUGAAUACAAUCCAAACCAACCCAUUGAUGAAUGGAGGAGAUCCACUAAUUUCCGCCGCCGGUGCACAUCCAAGUCCACACUUUGGCCAAUCACAAAUGUCACCCGAUAUUCAUUGGGAUGCAUCUGGAUUCUCGCCAGAUCCAGGAAACUCCUCAUCCGCCGGUCAACAACAACAACAAGGUGGAAAUGUGAAUGGUGGCGGUUAUCAUCAAAUGGAUUACUCAUGA